AUGGCUGGGUACACUGACGAGUGGGUCGAUGUGCAGAAAAACACCUUUACAAGAUGGGCCAACACGUACCUCUCGCGCAAGCGCAUGACGAUCGAGGACUUGUACGAGGACCUGAAAGACGGCAUUCGACUCAUUUCGCUACUGCAGAUCGUCUGCCGCGAGAAAGUGUGCCGUAAAUACAACAAGAAGCCGCGCAUGCGGAUCCAGAAGAUGGAGAACCUCAACUUUGCCUUUGCGUUCAUGCAGAGGAAGAACGUCAACGUGACGAACAUUGGCUCGUCCGACAUCCUGGACGGUAACAACAAGCUCGUGCUCGGCCUCAUGUGGACGCUCAUUAAGGCUUUCCAGGUCGCCGAGAUUGACGUCGAAGGCGUCUCGGGCAAAGACGGACUGCUGCUGUGGGUCAAUCGGUCGCUGGCUGACUACCCGUCCGUGAACGUGAAGAACUUCUCGAGCAGCUGGGCAGACGGCAUGGCCUUUUGCGCCUUGAUCCACCGGUACGCGCCCACGCUCAUUGAUUUUAACUCGAUGGACCCGAAGGACCCGCAGACGAACGUCAAGCUUGCGUUUGACAUUGCGCGCGAGAAGUUGCGCAUUCCGCAGCUACUCGAGGUGGAAAACGUGGCAGGACAGGCCAAACCUGAUGAGAAGAGUAUCACCACGUACGUUUCUCUGCUUUUCAAGGAGUUUGCGUCCGGCGUGCAGAAGAAGAAGGCCGUGACGACAAUCUCCAAGGCGUUGAAUAUUGCGCAGCGGCACCAGGAACUGGCAGCCGAAUUCGACAAGAACGCAUCUGGUCUGCUUGAGUGGCUUCAGCAGCAGACGGAACGUUUCCAGACGCUCAGCCAGCCUCGCCACAUUAUCGACUUGAAGGAAGCACUGGCUCUUCACCUUGACUACAAGAAGAACGAGAAGCCCCCGCGCGAGGCCCAGUUUGUGGCAGUCGAAGGUUGCGCAGGGCGUUGGAUUGCCAGUUGUAAGAACAAUGGGCGCGCGGUACCGGACUUGGACCCACCGAUCGAAAAGUUGCAGGCUCUCAAGGCCCAGCUCGACGAGCUAGAAACGGCCUUUGAACUGAAAUUGCGUCAGAAUUUGGAAAGCUACCAGAAGACGGAAAUCUUUCUCACGAAAGUGGUGAAGGACCUAGAGAAAGUGGAGGCGUGGGCUACAGAGAAGGAGGCGCUGGCCCUUUUUGCUGAAGACCUGCAGGUCAAUUCCACUGUCGACGCCGAAGAGAAGCUUGAGAGCGUUUCUUUUUUGCAGGACAUUGAGCUUCCGCGCUACAAACAGCUUUUGGCCUCGGUCGUCUGCGAAGCAGAUGGGCUUUCCGAGGAGCACUUGGACACGAAGGCCACACUCGAGCGACUGGAGUCAAUGAAGAACUUUGUUGCGAUGGUGGAAAACAAGGUUGAGAGUGUGAAGACUAAACUGGAAGAGAAGCACCGUCUACAACAGAGUGUGGACGCGGUAGCCAAGGACGCCAAAGCACUGAUACGCAAUCUGAAGUACGUCAUUGAGGAGAUGGAUGAGGAAGUCGAAGCGGCUACGAAGCUAGAGGAUGUAUCGACCGCUGGUGUAGUUGCUGCCAAGCACCAGUUCGACACUGUGCUGGUGCCCAAGGUCCAGAACGCCGUUGUGACCGAGAGCGAGAAGCUUUCCGAGAAAAGGGAGAUAUUGGAGGACGCUGGUCGCACGAGCGAAGUAGCUCUCAUUGACAAGACAAAUGCUCGUGUGGAGAAACUCUUGGACUCGCUGGCCGAGAAGCGCGGAUACUACGAGGAGGAACUUGCGACUGUUGAGAAGCGUGAUGAGGUGUGCCGAGAAUUCGCGACGCUGUCUACUCGCAUCAAGGAACGAUGCGCGCAUAGCACGCAGUCGAUCAACAUUGUGGAGGGUUCGCUCAAGGAUCAGUUCAAUUCGAUGGUAAACCUGCGCUACACACUGUUUCGAGCCAAUACCAGUGUCAUGGUCGAGGAGGACGUGGAGGAGAAGCUCGACGGGCCUGAAACUGCCGGAAUUGACACGCCUGCUAGUGGGGAGGUCGAUGAAUCUGUGUUUGAAUCGGAGACCGCCUCGGAAGGUGAUGAGGUCGACAAGCACAAGGGUACGACUGCUAUCAUGGCAGUGACGAAAGCAGCGCAGAUCGAGGAGGCGAAGGCAAAGACAGAGCAACUUGUCGUCCCUCUUACCGAGGAUAUGGAUCAGCUGGAGCGCAUCAACGAGGAGUUGGAGCGGCUGCAAGUGCAUACGAAUCCGUUCACGACGGACACGAUCCACGGGUUGCGUGCGCAAUUUACUUCGCUUGAGACGGCCGUGCGUGACAAGGUCAAGUCGCUGGAGAAGGAGUUGGUGCUAAGCGAGUUGGGCAGCCUUACUCCUCAGCAGGCGAAGGAGAUCAAGGAAGUGUUUGACCACUUUGACUUGGACAACGACGGCGUCCUUGCUCGCGACGAGUUUAUCAUGGCAUGCAAGGGUCUUGGUCUGAGUCUGAGCGAGGACGACUGUCACGACUACUUUGACAAGAUCGACGACGAGGACAACGACGAGAUUACGUUCGAUCAAUUUUCGACUUUCUGCACGGAGCAGCUGCAGAGUGGGUCCACGAAAGACGACGUGCACGAGGCACUGGACAUUCUCACCGGCGAGCAGCUGACGCUUGAGCAGAUUGAGGAGCGUUUUGACGCGUCGCAAGUCGAGUUUAUCAAGAAGAAUGCACCGGAGCUUUUGGAGGCGGAUGGCAAGUCUGUGGACACGAAAAGGUUCACGGAGUUCAUCUUUAGCGUCUGA